CAAUGUUUUGUUUCUGUUUUUGUUUCUUUCUUCUUUUUGGGACUCUGUGUCAGUAAUCAUUGCUGUUUAUCUUUGAAUUUUAGAGGUUCGGUUUUGUUUCGCCCUGAAAUGUGCUCUCAUUUUGGGAUUGGAAGGGUCUGUUGCUUGUUUUUAACUGUGUGGGUAAUAAUUGGUGAAUAAUUAAAGAAAUGAAAAUUUCUGCAAAGUCUAUUUAUUUAUUUUUUUGGUACAAUUCCCUUUAUUUCAUGAAAAGAACCAUGGAUUUUAUUGUUCGUGAAGAGUAAUUGUUCCCUUUGGAUGAAUUGGUGUUUUGAUGAACUGAAAAUUUAUCUUUGCUUUAUCUGAUUAUGUUGGUUUAUGGCAUUCUGCCAGAUUUGUCUCAUAUGGAAAUAUAGAUAAAUGAUCUUGGAGCAGCUUGUUGCAGUGUAAUAAAGUUACAAGGCUCGUUUAGCUGAUUUUUUCAGAGAAAAUCCAAGAGUCCCUGAUUAGAUGCCGCAUUUUUGUGGUUCAGUUAUCAGUUAAGUUCCAAAGGCAGUCCAAACUGAUUGAGUGUUCAAUGCAAGCAUCACAACAACUCGGAAGUAAAGGCAUGUCUAGUAGAUUGUACUAUCAGCCAAUGCAGGAAGUUGAGGCCUACUGCAUGCCUCAGUUCCAAACUUUGGACCACCAGCUAUGCUACAGUGGGAGCAGCCAUGGAACCCGUUUAUCCAUUCUGAAUUCCCGUGAACAAUACUGCACCCUGGAGUCAUCUUCAGCAAAUCACAGUUAUAACAUUUACAACUCUCCGUCAACCAUUAGUUUCUCUCCCAAUGGAAGUCCUGUGUCACAGCAGGAAUCUCAGUCAUACCCACCUGAUACCCACCAUUCUCCUGACAAUAAAUGUGGCUCUCCAAUAAGUGGUUCCUGCAUAACUGAUGAUGUCCAUGACUUCCAGAAUAAAUUGAGAGAAUUAGAAAAUGCAAUGUUUGGUCCUGAUUCUGAUAUUAUUGACAGCAUUGAAAGCACCUUGCGGAAUGGGACAAGCUUGGAGUCACCAGAAAUGGAUAGCUUGAGACAAAUAAUGGAUGCAAUUUCUAGAAGGGACCUAAAGCAUGUCCUUGUUGUCUGUGCACAAGCAGUAUCAGAUAAUGAUCUGUUAAAGGCUCAAUGGUUAAUGGAUGAACUGAGACAAAUGGUGUCUGUUUCUGGUGAACCAAUUCAAAGAUUGGGUGCAUACAUGUUGGAGGGGCUUGUUGCUCGGCUAGCCUCCUCAGGAAGUUCCAUCUACAAAGCUUUGAGAUGCAAAGAACCAGCCAGCGCUGAGCUUCUUUCUUAUAUGCACAUUCUUUAUGAGGUGUGUCCCUAUUUCAAGUUCGGAUACAUGUCUGCAAAUGGUGCCAUCGCAGAAGCCAUGAAGGAUGAGAACAGAGUUCACAUAAUUGAUUUCCAAAUUGGUCAGGGGAGUCAGUGGAUCACUUUAAUCCAGGCCUUUGCUGCUAGACCUGGUGGGCCACCCCACAUCCGUAUUACAGGUAUUGAUGAUUCCACAUCAGCAUAUGCCCGUGGAGGAGGUCUGAGUAUUGUGGGAAAGAGGCUAUCUAGGCUUGCUGAGAUAGUUAAAGUGCCAUUUGAAUUUCAUGCUGCUGCCAUGUCUGGUUGCGAGGUUCAGGUAGAGAACCUUGAUGUUCGUCCUGGGGAGGCCCUGGCUGUGAAUUUUGCAUUUGUGCUUCACCACAUGCCUGAUGAAAGUGUCAGCACUCAGAAUCAUCGGGACCGGCUUCUGAGGCUGGUUAAAAGCCUGUCUCCAAAGGUUGUGACCCUUGUUGAGCAGGAAUCUAACACAAAUACCGCUGCAUUCUUCCCUCGGUUCCUCGAGACACUAAACUAUUACAUGGCUAUGUUUGAAUCGAUUGAUGUAACUCUUCCGAGAGAUCACAAGGAGCGGAUCAAUGUCGAGCAGCACUGCCUGGCAAGGGAUGUUGUUAACAUAAUAGCAUGUGAGGGAACUGAAAGGGUGGAGCGACAUGAGCUUCUUGGGAAGUGGAGGUCACGGUUCAGAAUGGCAGGGUUUACUCCUUACCCUUUAAGCUCCUUGGUAAAUGCCACCAUCAAAACUCUGCUAGAGAACUAUUGUGAUAAAUAUAGACUUGAAGAGAGAGAUGGGGCUCUGUAUCUUGGUUGGAUGAACAGAGAUUUGGUGGCAUCUUGUGCAUGGAAAUGAAAAUUGCAUACCAAUCCGCUCUCUUUUUGGAACGUGGGCGGCCAGCUGAGGUAGAACCUCUAGUAUUUCGAUUGUUUUUUCACCUUUUGCUUUGAGGGUUUGAGGAAGAUGAUGGCCUCAACUGUGCACUUCUCUUUUAAAUGUGGAAAGUUGGCCAUUUUCUUUUGAAACCACCAUUUCAAUGCCUCGAACCCUUUUUUUUUUUUUUUUUUUUAUGGUUUUUGCCUGUCCUUGGAAGAACCAAAUUUGGUGCUUUUGCAUGAUCAGAAUAUAUGCAGGUUCUUCGAGAAUUAGGUUUUGGAUUCCAAAGUGUUAUCCUCUGGCCGUUGGAAUUUCCUAAUGAAAUGCAGGAAUAUUUUCUGUUUUUA